AUGGUUGAAAACGCUUCUCAGAUAAGACUCAACAUCACUAACCAGCCAAUAUUACUGGUCCAUAGACUUCUAAGUGCGAGGGUGUUAUUUGUGCAGGUGCUGGUGGCCAUUUUCCUCUAUGUGAAUUCGCUCAUGAUCGUCACUUUCCUGAAGAAAGAGGCCUUCAGGACGGAUACGCGCUACAUCCUCUUCGCCCAGACUCUAGUCUUGGACUCACUGCUCAUGGUUUUAACGGACUUUGCUUUAGCUGUGAGCUAUAUUCAGUACCCCAUGCCAUUGAUUCUGUGUUUAGUUUACUGCAUGGUAAUGAUAUGGUGUAAAACAGGGACCCCGUUGACUCUCGUAGCCAUGUGUCUGGAGCGCUACGUGGCCAUCUGCAUGCCCCUGAGGCACGCAGACAUCUCCACAGCCAGGAGGCGUUUGGUGGGACUGGUGGUCAUCUGGUUGAUAAGUGCUGUGCCUGCAUUUGUUCUGCUGUUCCUGUACCUUGCCAGACUGUCAUUAUUCACAAAGGACACGAUCACCGUGUGCAGUAUAGACAACGUCGUAGUAGAGAAGUACAAUGUGCAUUUAGCUGUCUUAAAGUUCUAUUUCGUGUGUAUGUCCAUCACCAUCAUUUUCACGUAUUACAAAAUCGUAAAAGCCGCCAAAGCCGUGGCUUCAAACAGUAAGAAGUCAACUUCAAAAGGACAGAAAACUGUGAUUCUCCAUGCCAUGCAGUUGCUGUUGUGUUUGAUUCAUUUUCUUGGCCCCUUUAUUGAAUCUGCCGUAAUGAAGGUCAGUUUUAGGAUGUUUAUUGAUCUCAGGUAUUUCAAUUUUGUAGUUUUUCUCAUUGCUCCUCGGUGUCUUAGUCCACUUGUGUACGGUUUAAGGGAUGAGAAAUUUUCCUCCGUUUUAAAAUAUUAUGCAAUGUGUGGAUUAAAUAACAGAGCUCAUAGGAGGGUCCAUCUGACUUCCAAAAAGGCUUAG